GUUGAGUUUUGGAAAAAGGUUCGAGUUUGCAGUGCGUUUUCUAGUCUCGCGUGAAAAAGUGUUGCUAAAAUCAGCUGGAUUUUGUGCAAAUCAUGUCGGAGUAGUGCCGAAUAUAUAUUCGCGACGCUGCGACAUCAUCGUUGAAGCACUUCCCACAGUUGCAGUCAACGGAAGCGAAUCCGUGUGACGGAUACAACGAGGAGGAAGAGGAAGCGGAACAGACCGCCAGGAUGGAGCUUUCGCACAGUCUCACGCUGAACGAGGCAGCCCUCGCGCAGCUUCCCGAGCAGAAGCGACCGGUGUUCAUCUUCGAGUGGUUGCGCUUCCUGGACAAGGUGCUGGUGGCGGCGCAAAAAUCCGACAUCAAGGGCUGCCAGAAGAAGCUGGUGGAGCAGCUGACCCAGCACAUCCAGGGGGCACCGGGGCCACCGACGCGUAAGCUCAUAGCUCGCUGCCUGGCCACCCUCUUCUCGGUCGGCGACACAUUCCUGCUGUUCGAGACGGUGAACAAGUGCAACGACAUACUGAAGAACAAGGAUGACUCGCCCAGCUACCUGCCGACGCGGUUGGCAGCGACCUGCGUGGUGGGCUGCAUGUACGAGAAGCUCGGCCGCAUGAUGGGCCGAUCGUACGAGGAAACGGUACAGAUCCUGCUGAAAUCGCUCAAGAACGCCGAAUCGCAGUCGCGCAUCGAAAUCAUGAUGACGCUGGAGAAGGUGUGCGCCGGCAUGGGUUCGGCCAUCUCGAACGUGCACAAGGACAUCUACAAGGCGGUCCGGUACUGCCUGACCGAUCGCGUGAUGGCGGUCCGCGUGGCGGCCUCCAACUGCCUGCUGGAGAUGACGAAGCACGCACCGUUCCUGUACACGACCGAGCUGGAAAGUUUGGCGUCGCUGUGCUUCCGUGCGUUCGACAGCUGCAACUACGAGGUACGGUGUGCCGUGGCCAAACUGCUCGGUACGCUCAUCGCUUGCACGCAGAACGGCAGCUUGCGUAACUUUAGCAGCAUGACGGCGUCCUCGUCGAGCACGAAAUCGCUGCGCCCGGUGUCGCUGGACGAGGCGCUCGGCGUUCUGAUGGCUGGCUUUCUCCGGGGCGGCGUGUCGUUCCUGAAGGGUACCGGGGAGAUUAUUAAGGGCAGUUCGGGUGUAAACCGCGAGGUACGGGUGGGUGUUACACACGCGUACGUCGUGUUCGUGCAGACCAUGGGCGGGUUGUGGUUGGAACGCAACAUGCAAUCGUUUCUGGUGCACGUGCUCGAUCUGGUGGCGAAUCCGAAGGCGGCCUCGUCGCACGUGGAUGCGGUGUACUCGCGCAAGUGCAUCAACUUUAUCCUGCGCUCCGUCAUCGGGAAGAUGCUGGGCGAGAAGGCGCAAUCGUCCGCCUGCAAAGAGCUGAUCCAUCUCAUCGCCAAGCAGAUGAACUCGAUCGAUUUCAAUCCGGAAAAUGCCAAGGACUCCAACCAGGAGACACUGUUCAGUCAGCAUCUGCUCGUGUGCGCCCUGCAGGAGCUGGGCAGCUUGGUGCUGCUGCUCGGUACGACGGCCCAAAACCUUCUGGCCGAUCAGCAGCUGAACUUUAUCGAUGCCGUCUGUGCGGUGCUCAUACAUCCUUGCAUGGCCGCUCGGCUGGCGGCGGCCUGGUGUUUACGGUGCGUUUGCGUAGCCGUACCGAGCCAGAUCACGCCACUGAUCGAUCGGUUUAUAGAGGCGAUCGAAAAGAUGCGCACCUCACCGGACGCCAUCUCCGGGUACAGUGGGGCUCUGGCGGCCGUCCUCGGUGGGGUACGGUAUUCUCCACUCGGCAUACCGCACACACGGGGGAAAGUCAUCUUUAACACGGCCGAAGAGCUGCUCCGUACGGCUAGUCAAAACAGUCGCCUGUCAUUGAACCGAACGCAGGCGGGAUGGUUGCUGAUUGGAGGCAUCAUGACGCUGGGCGUUCCGGUGGUGAAAGGGUUGCUGCCGAGGAUGCUUCUACUUUGGCGCAACGCGUUCCCACGCUCGACGAAGGAGCUGGAGUCGGAGAAGGCUCGCGGGGACGCCUUUACCUGGCAGGUCACGCUUGAGGGCCGCGCUGGGGCAUUAUCGGUAAUGCACAGCUUCCUGCUGCAUUGUCCGGAGCUAGUGACGGAUGAUAUUACGCGCCGACUGCUGACGCCGAUUGAAAGUGCGCUGGCCAUGCUGAUCAACAUAACAUCCGUGUUGAAAACCUACGGACAACACCUGAAGGCCCCGACGGCCAUGGUACGACUGCGGCUGUACGAAACACUCUCCCUGUUGCCGGCGACCGCCCUCGAGUCGUCUUAUACGCACCUACUCCGGAUGCUCGUGUCGGAGUUCACGCUGACGGAAAAUCCGGCCAACACGACCACCUCUUUUCUACGGCAGAUGUGUCACGGUAACGAUUCGAUCAUACUCGGCACCUGGCUGCAGGACACCGACCAUCGCACAAUCGAGGACCAGCUUCAACCGAACAGUGCUGCCGGUUCCGGUGCACUGGAGCAUGACGCCUGCUGCCUGUAUCGUGCGAUCGCCCCCGGUGAGCAGUGUCCGGGUCCGCUACCACUCGGUGUGGCCGUUAUCGACAUGUCCGUGACGCUGUUUGGGCUGAUCUUCCCGAAGGUGGCGAACAAACACCGUCUGCAGAUGCUCGAGCACUUUGGCGAGUGCAUUAAGCACGCCAAAAGCUCCCGCCAGGAGGCGGUCCAGAUGAACAUCUUUACUGCGCUACUCAGCGGUUUGAAGGGGCUAACCGAGACGAAGUCGGCCAUCGGACAGGACGAUGUGAGGAAGAGUGCCACGAACUUGAUCAUCAACGCGCUGACUAGCGCGAAUCCGAUCCUCCGUUGUGCGGCCGGUGAAGCUUUGGGUCGUAUCGCGCAGGUGGUCGGCGAUUCGCGGGUAACGGCCGAGCUGGCACAAACCAGCUUCGAUCGGUUAAAAUCGGCCCGCGAUGUGGUGACACGGACGGGGCACUCGUUGGCGCUUGGAUGUUUACAUCGGUACGUCGGAGGAAUGGGUUCGUCGCAGCAUUUGAAUACGAGUGUUUCGAUUCUACUGGCCCUUGCCCAGGAUGGCAGUUCCCCCGUGGUGCAGGUGUGGUCACUGUACGCCCUCUCACUGAUAGCGGACUCCGGAGGGCCCAUGUUCCGAGGGUACGUCGAGCCAACGCUUUCGCUCGCCCUGAAGCUUCUCCUGACGGUUCCGCAGUCGCACGUGGACGUACACCAGUGCAUCGGUCGGGUGCUGAGUGCGUUGAUUACGACGAUCGGCCCGGAACUGCAGGGUGAUUCCAAUUCCGUAGCAACCGCACGCGCGUCGUUCCUCUGUGCGGCGGCCAUCAUGCAGGCGCACUCGGAUCCGCUCGUGCAGGCGGAAGCAACCGGUUGCCUACAGCAGUUACACCUCUUCGCUCCACGAAAUGUCAACCUGUCGUCGCUAGUUCCUAAUCUGUGUCAGAACCUUAGCAGUAACUAUUUGACGUUGCGGAAGGCGGCCGUCUCGUGCUUGCGGCAGCUGACGACCCGUGAAGCGAAGGAGGUUUGUGAGCACGCGGCCAACCUGGUGAGCGACGAGGAUCGGUACGCACUCUCGGACUACGGGCUGCCGGGCGUUUUGUUCGGAAUGCUCGACACGGAAAGCGACAGUCAGAUGGUACGAAACAUCCACGACACAAUCACCUCGAUGCUGCAGAUCCUGGCGGCGGAGAACCUGUCGCAGUGGUUGAGCAUGUGCAAGAACGUGCUGACGGUGGCAUCGGAUGCUUCCGUUGGGGCAGAUGGUGGUGGUUCGAACCCCACCGGAAGUGGUGCCGCAGGGGCAGGAGGAGCCGGAGCUGGUGGAGCUUCCGGAUCGGGAAAGGAUGGAGCAACCGGCACUACCGAUGGUGACGGAAACGAUGCCGACGAUGACGAUGACGACGAUGAUGAUGAUGAUAACAUCGAGUUCCACGCAGAAGACCACCAGGCGACCCAUCCGGCGGUACAACCACGCUGGCCAACGCGUGUCUUUGCCGCCGAAUGUGUCCGCAAGGUGAUCGCCACCUGCGAGAAUGCCAGCUCGAACCACUUCGAUCUGGUCGCUGCGAAGGAGAUGCAGAUGACGAAAUCGAGGGGCGAUUUUCUGGUGCUACACUUGUCCGACCUAAUCCGGAUGGCAUUUAUGGCGGCAACGAGCGAUUCCGACCAGCUCCGGCUGGAGGGACUGAAGACGCUGCAAGAAAUCAUCGACAAGUUUGCGCACGUCCCAGAGCCGGAAUUUCCCGGCCAUCUGCUGCUCGAGCAGUUCCAGGCGCAGGUUGGGGCCGCAUUGCGGCCAGCGUUCUCGCAGGAUACACCAUCGCACGUGACCGCGGCCGCUUGCGAGGUAUGUAGCGCGUGGAUUGGAUCCGGUGUGGCACGGGACCUGAACGAUUUGCGCCGUGUCCAUCAGCUGCUGGUGUCGAACCUGAGCAAAUUGAACAGCCGCACCAAUAGCACGCAGCUUUACAACGAAAGUAUGGCAACGCUGGAGAAGCUGAGCAUCCUGAAGGCCUGGGGUCAGGUAUACAUCAUGGCAAUGGUGGGACACGGGGCAGCACCGGCUAGUCAGAUGCUGAAAACACUCCACACCGUUUCGGGUGGCCAAUCACUGUCGUCGUCAACGGCACAACCGAAGGAAUUCAACCGUCUCGCGUUCGACGAAGAGUUUGGUGAUUUCGAGAGCCGCGGGGAAAGCUUGCUCUCGCUGGUACAACCCGAACUGGACAACCUCUCCAAGCACUGGCUGGCGGCACUGAAGGACUACGCGUUGCUUUCCCUCCCGGCCGAGUACGCCAGCCAGCUACCGCACGAUGGUGGUGCAUUCUACACGAACGACACGAUGAACCUUUCGAAACCGCACUAUCUGAUCUCGUGGCCACCGAUUCUGUACGCCGCAGCACUCUGGCUGAACGCGGAAGGGUUCGUCAAGGGUGAGCACAGGCUGUCCCAGGAGCAGGAGGAAGACAAAGCGAACGCGAACGAUGUAGCUUCGCUGGCGGCACCGGGAAGCAGAGGGCAGUCGGGCUCAACACCGACGGUGCCCACGAUUUCGCACGGUAGCCUAAGUGCCGAUCGGUUCCAUCUUAUUUUUGGCAUCUGCAUGGAAGCGCUGUGCAGUACGAGGACGAACGAAAAGCUGGACAGCGUUAUCGCGUGUCUGCAGUCGUUGUACACCAUCUUCGACUCGCAGUGGUCACGGGAGAUGCUGAUGGAGAACAAAACUCUACCGGUCGAGCUGUGUAACGUGCUGCACCGGUUAAUCCUGACGCGUGACAGCGUGGAGGUUCAGUAUCUGUGCAUUUCCAUUCUCAAGCAAACGAUCGCCGCGGCCAAUGAGUGUCUGGAGCGGGAGAAAAAUGACGAACGAAGAAAGCUUAUGGUUGCAAACGGCCCCAGUAGUGGUGGUGGUGGUGGGGGGGAGGAAGGGACGAAGGGAGAAAAUGGGAACGAUGAACCGGCGGAGGAAGCUAGCGGAACGAUCGAUGUUGACUACCUCGGCGAAGGAGGUGAAGAGGGUGAGAUCCUUCCGGGCAAGUCGUUAGUGUACGCCGUGCUGGAAGUGGUCCUAUGCCUGCUGGCAAGACAAAUACCAAACAUGAAUCCAUCGCAAAGUACACGCGUGGCCAACGAGCAGCUGCAGCGGCAACUGGCCCAGGCCCAGCACGGUCUCAUCAAGCUCGGUGACGAUAACAGUCUGCUGGUAGCGAAUGCCAUCCAGAGUUUGAACGACCUACCGAAACUCUGCUCGCCACUCGGGGCCCUCUCGAUCCUACCCACCAUCCUGUACCUUACGACGGGCGUAAUCAAGGAGGUGGCCACCAAGUCGGUGCACGACGAGUCGCUGACUGCCGGCACGAACGUGGUGCAGGUGGCGGUGCAGCUACUGCGAACGCUUGCCACCGACCGGUACGGGAAGCACGAGCAGUCCGGCGAAGAAUGGCGCAAACUGCUCCAGAGUGCGCUCGGUCGCAUAAUCGACCUCACGAAGACGGGCUGCGAGGAAACGAAGAUGGACGAGGUGACGGUGAUGCUGGCGAUAGCGGUCUUUCUGCUGCACUCACCGUCGGCCGUGGUUUCGGUACCGAACUUGCAGUACCCGUGCAUCAAUCACUUCCGGCAGUGCUUUCAGAGUGCGUCGCUGCCGGUACGCCUGAAGUGCGUCCAGACGAUGCGAUCGAUCUUUGCCAACGCCGACCUGAAGGUGUCGACGCCGUACAUCCACGCACUGGCACCACGGCUGAUCGAGCACCUCUACUCGGAGCAGGCGCGCAAUCCAACGAACGAACAAGAGCUAGCGCUGGUGGUCGAAGGCGUAACGACGGUGGAAACGUUGAUCGCGCUGGCCGAACCACAGAAUCGAAUUCAAAUGCUCACAUUGCUCGUCCCGAUCCUUAUCAACUAUUUGGACGAUCCGGACAAACAACAGCAGCCACAGCAACGAGGAGGCUCCAUUAGCGCAAAGCCAACGACAAAGUACACGAACGCACUGAACGACCAUGCCAUCCAGUGGCUGAUGAAGAUUGGACCAAAGUAUCCACAGGAGUUCAAGACCCUGAUGGCGCAGGCACCGGAGCUCCGGCGCAAGCUAGAGGCGGCCAUCAAGCGCAGCCAGAUGAACGCGUCCCUGCAAAAGAGCAAGAGUGAGGCGGCGAACGCGGCCGCACGAAACAGUGCCGCCCAGCAGCAGAAGCCCACGAUCCAGCUGAAGACGGACUUUAGUAAUUUUAACUUUGCCUAAACGAGAAAAAAAAGGCCCGGGUUGACGCUGGUUCAACCUCCUCCCGUAUUUAUCGAUCAAACGCCGUGAGGGAUUGUGAAUGUGUGUAAUAUGUAUGCCCUAAUGCUAUGUGUUUCCUUCACUCUCUUCCUAAUCCAUUAGACUUAACUAUUAUUUAUGCAGAAACUACCAGCCCCUGCCGAUAAUAUGGCCCCGAAUGUAUAACUUACCGGAUGGGAACGACGCGCUUUGCCCUAACAGUAGGCAAACAAGCAAUUGGUGUUAACUUGGCCUAGGCCUCACGCUCCUAUAACGUAAAUCAAUUUCCCUUCCCUACGUAGACGAACAAUUAGUUUAGAAAAUAAAAUAUUAAACGACUCAUAUAGGA